AUGGUGAAGGCCGACAUCAAACGAAACUACUAUGCGGAUCUGGAACUGCCCAACGAUGCCUCCGUAGAAGACAUCAAGAAGGCAUACCGCAAGCUCGAAUCAGAAAUCGUGCCCAAAUUCCAGGCCAUCCAAGCUGCCCACGAGAUCCUCCACGACCCGGUGUCCAAGACGCGAUAUGAUGCGGACCGUCGAAAGGCGGGACUGGGAGGUGGUGCCUUUACCAAGCCCAACGUGCCACCAAGAAGCACCGGAACAAAUCCCAUGUACCAGGCCACGUCCAAUUUCCCUCCACCGCCGAGACGUACACCCGCUCCUACUUCGACAUGGCGUAGCACUGCAUCUGGCGCCUCAGGUGCCGACCGAUUCACAAACUUCCCGAGACCAGCUCCCACGAGCAAGAAGAACCCGGCUGAUCCUGCGAACGUCUUCAACGCAUGGCAGAACAUGAAGCCGCAGACGCCUGGUACCGCGCCGCAGCCUCCACCACGAGCUUCGCCCAAACGUCCAGUACCCCGACCACCGCCUAGGCAAGACACUCGCUAUCCUACUGAGGAAGACAUCCGGGCUGGCAUGAACUAUCGCGAGGCUCCCCCGAAGCCUGCAAAUGCUUAUGACGGGUUCCGCUCAGCUCGCUCAGCCUGGGCUGAGUACAACAGUGCUGGUACGAGUAAAGCAGAUGCUUCAGCUUCUUCCAGCAUCCCCAGAAAGGGUGGUGGCUUUGACCCCACAUCGACCGGUGACGAGAGACAGGCAGGAAAUACAGCCAACUACUCAUCAUCCAGGAGAAAGUCCGCGGACCCACCUUACUAUCCACCUCCGCCUCCACGUUCUGCAUCGCAGAGAGACUACUCUGACGUUCCCGCCGAGGACGCUCGUACGAGGGCAGCCUACUCGGGCGAAGAUGCACGUCGCACAGCCAGCACGCCCCAUGUGCCCAUGGCUUCAGAUGGAGCAUCGCAAUUUCGUCGAUCGACGCGAAAGGCGGGUACCGGUACUGCAAGGAAGCCCUUUGUCGUCUACAGCUCAAGCGAUGACUCUGAGACUGAGGACGACUCUGCUUCCACCACUCCUGACACUGCACAGAAGAAAUCCCAAUCCGCGACGACCGAUCAACCCGCUGAUCCCUUCUCACGCUCAUUUACCCGUCCUAAGAAGACGCCCAAUCCGCCUAGUCGACAGUUCAAGUUCCCUUACAAAGCUCCAGGCGAGGCUAGUGGAAGCAGCAAUACUGGUCCAGACGCAGCAGCAGACGCUGGCGAAAAGGACAAACCAACAAUGUAUGCCAACCAUUUCUCUACCCCUCCUUCCAACAAGCAAGAAAAAAUGCCCUCUCCUGUCUAUCCUUUUGGGAGAACCUACCAACAAAACAAAAGCCCCGACUCGAUUCCUCGAUGGGCUGUCCCGUCCUCUGUUCCUCCCGUCAAACGGAGCCAUUCGGCUGCUCAACGCGCCUGGAUAGACCUUACGAACACUGAAACGUCUGCAAAUGCGGGAAAGAGUCAACCAAAUUCUCGCAGAAGACCGCCACAAAUGCCCUUGUUUGAUGAUCUUGUCGACCUGACUGCCGAUGAUACCCCUGAACUUCAAUCACCAUAUAAAAAGACUUGUUUCACCAAAGACGAUGCUACUGGCCUAUUUACGAUACCCAUCAAUGCUGACACCUUCAGGCCGAACAUGGCUAAGAGCCGCAGCGAAGACAGUAUCAACACAUCUUUUGUACCCGAGCAGUGGGCUGGCGACUUUACCAGUAACAACGUAUUUGCUGCUGCCCAAGCCACAGCUGGUCGCAAGUCUGCUACACCUUCACGCAAAUCGUCCAGAGCUUUCCGCCAACAGUCAAGGACCAACACUUUUUCUGAACACACUACACAGCAAAAUCAGGCCGAAGCUACGCAGGAUCCCACCAUGCCAUCACCUCCCCCACCACCGGCCAAGUACUCGCCUGAAGAAUGGGCCAAGCAUUUCCAGGAUGCAACUUGGGCCUUUGAUCCCAACACCUUACGCACCUCAUCACCUGGCAAGCCGGAGUCGAGAACAACCUCUAGAAGCAAUUCGGCUGCCGUGAGGAAGGGUUCGAGAGUCGCCAAUAAGAUUCCCGUGAAUACACCAAAGCCCGCAACAGUAACAGAUGAGACGGAAGAGAGUGUUCCUCGAACUCACUCGCCUGAUGAAAUGGAUGUUGAUGACGCUCCACCAGCCAACACACCUGCCCCAACUCAGACUACUUCUGUUCAAGAGCCUCGCAUCUAUCCCGUCGACACAAAUAAUCUGCGUCGAAACGACACCGAAUCGAACAAGCGCGAAAGCAGCGGCUUCAAUGUCAAACUCGACGACCUCGGAGCCGCAGUUGACGCCCCGCCAUCACAAGGCCUCGACGGUCUAGCGGACAUUAGCAGCACUUUGCCCUUUACCUCCAAAGCUUCCACCACCAUCCCGACCUUUACACCCCAAAACCUUGUUCUACCGCCUCUACCUCGCGCACCCUCCACACCCACAAAACUCACCCGCGCCUCAUGGUCCACCUACUGCACCACCUUUUCCGUCUACCUCGACAAAUUCAACAAGUACAAUGCAGUAAUCGUCGCCCACUUUUCCAGCCGCCAAGACCUUGCCGCUAAAGUCGUCAAGGCGGGCAUUAGAGCAUUGGAAGCCGUGGGAGAAGCGAGUACCGGCGAAGGCUUUAUGAGUUAUGCGCAAGCGGUCAAGGAAGACGAGCGCGUGCGCGAACACUGGAAUGUCGGGUGUGAGAGACAUGCAGAUGCUGUCAAGGAAUUUGAGGCCGUGAGGGAGAGGGUCAGAGUGCUGAGUCAAGGGGCUGGAUUACCCGAGAACUGA